AUGGACGAUUUGGUUGCUGUGCGCAUCAAAGAUGGCAUCUUUGCCGGCAACGCCGGCGCUGCGGCCGACAAGACGCUUUUGAUUAUGAAUAAGAUCACUCACAUUAUUAAUUGCGCCGGCGCUGAGGUCGCCGACUUUUUCCUCGGCGAUCCAGGUUUCAGCUAUCUUUCCUUCCCCUGGAAGGACGCUGCCGGUUCGGUGUGCACCACCAUCCUUUUCGAUGCCGCGGAUGACAACAUUCACCGCACGAUCGAGUUCAUUGAUGUGGCUCUUGCAGCCGGCGAAUGUGUGCUGGUGCACAGCGUUUACGGCAACUCGCGCAGCCCUGCGCUUAUCGCAGCAUACAUGAUUAUGAAGUAUGGAUGGAAGCUAGAGAGCGCACUCCUGUUCUUGAAAAUGGCGCACCCCGAUUCCGAUAUCAAGCCCCACUUCCAGCGGCAGCUGCGCCAGUUUGCGAAGCGCCACAGUGUGGACCAUGAUAUAUUUGCUCAGAACGUAGACGACAGUCAUUUCGGCCUCGAUAACGACCAGUGGAUGCUGCGCAACACCCUCCUCAACGGAUUAUUGUACAGAGACCAGAUGCUGAAUGGGCUUUAUCGCCAGUGCGCUGACAAGGUGGACGUGGGCAAUCCAGUGAACGGCAAGACAACAAAAGCGCAUAUUACCUUCGUGGACACCAAGAAGGGCACCGAUGCGGACUCCCAGACUACGUGCCCUGUUGUGAACCGUGCGGGAUCAUUCUCAGCGGAUCCGUUCUCAGCGCAGCCCGGUAGCUUUCUGGGCUUGCGCGGCCACACGAUUUUGCGCACUGGCCGUCGCUUACCGAGUAUUCUGAGCAGGACUACGUCUCCCUGCUCUCAUCGGUUGGAGUCUGAUCCGUGUACGUGCCCCAAGGGGCGUCAGGCUCUUUCGAUAGUUCACAGUGGGACGACAGAGACGAGUACAUUGGCAUCGACCAAAGCUGUGGAGCGGGCCCCAGCACUGCGAGUAGCGGUGCCAGGCUCCAGCGCGCACAGCUCGCUUUCUCACCUUGAGGACAAGUCCACUAAAGGUCGGGAUGGGGACGGAAGCUCCGCACCGCCCCAGCCGCAACAAUCGUCCGUGGAGUCGGUCCGCUCUAUCGACUAUGCGCGACUGGCACCGCCGACGCAGCUGCGCUCGCCGUUUGCUACGCUCGGGUCUAGCCACAAGUACCGCAAUGGGUCCCCGCUGCCGCUGGGGAAGGAUAAAAAAGCUACCACCAAAGAGGGUCACACACGGAUACAGUCAUCGCCUUUCAGUCGCCCUGUCAACACCAUCUCGGUGAGUUCCAUCUCCAUCCCGAUAUCUGCAUGGGCCGGCAGCUCUUUCGGGCUCAACAGCCCCUUGUCUGUACGAAGCACCCCCCGCACGAAUAGCCCCUUUGGCCGGAAUAAGCCAGGUCGUGAUGUGGUGAGUCGACCGUCGGCGGCAAACUAUCGCAAAAUCGCGCCGUAUCGCUCCACUGCUGUCCCUCGUACCCCCACGGAGCCUAGCUACCGUGUCUCAUGGUCUGCGAGCCAGUCGCCGUUGCGCCAGAGCGUCGAGCGUGCGACAGGCUCGCGAAGUGGCAGCCGACGCCGCGCCAUGUCGCCUGUCCACAUGACCGCAAGGGGGUCGCCAAGGGGUGGGAGGAGUCAAUCAGGCACAGAGGACAAGCCACGUUCCCGCACUCGCUCUCCCAAGGUACAGAGGUACCAAGAUCCCAGCACUGGCACACUGAACACCACCUUUUUGAGUUAUGACACCAACGGCAUGGGUGGCGAGGCAAACGGGACGGGCUUGAAAAACACGGCAACGGUGCGACGUCAGCCUCCGUCGGUGAUUACGUCGAGGAGGUUGGCUUAA